ACUAAGCUCUACCGGUUUCAUUAUAUCCACAGAUGUUGACAUUACUAAUACCGAGUACAUUUUAUACACUAGAUUGUUUUUCUUUUUUGUUGUGCGGUGCGAAAAUUUGUUGUUUACCUGGCAGGAAAAUUAAGGUUAAGCGGAAAAUUGCCUAAAUUGAAAAAAUUAAGCCGCAACAAUAUUCACUCGCAACAGAAAGCAAUAAAAUAGCAAUUUGACCAACCACCGACUCAUAAUGAGCUUCCCACUGACGAAUCCCAACAAGGAGACGAUCCGCGCAGCAUGCAAGAAAUGUGGAUAUGCAGGGCAUUUAACCUACCAGUGCCGCAACUUUUUAAAGGUUGACCCCAAUAAGGAAAUUGUGCUUGACGUGUCCAGCACUAGCUCCGAUUCCGAGCUGGACUAUCUAACACCAUUGACUGAGUUGCGCAUGAAGGAAUUAAAGGAGAAAGAAGCCGAACUACAAAAAACCAAAAGCGAAAAAAGUCACAAAAAAUCCAAGUCCAAGAAAAAGUCAAAGAAAUCGUCAUCUUCCAGAAAACGUAAAAGGAAUAAAAGUCGCGGUAAAAGUAAGAAACAUAAAAAACACAAAGAAUCCUCAGCUUCAAGUGAAAGUAGUAGUAGCAGCAGCAGUAGUAGUAGUACAGACUCCAGUACCGAAGACUCGGACACCGAAUCAGAUUCCAGCGACAAUGAAGAAUCGCCCACUAGCAGUGACGACGAUGAGUAUGGCCGCAAGAAAAACAAGCAGGGAAAGUACAAGCGUAAAGCUGAAACACCUGCUAUGCGGCGUAAAAAGUCGCGUGUGAAGCGCAAGAAGCAUCGUGCUUCAGCGCGGCCUUCCAGCAGUGAUGAAGAUGAGACAAGCUCCGAUUAAAAUGGGUUGUGUGACAUUGUAAGAUAAUGAGAUUAACUGGCUUGAUUUUAAGGAUACGCAAGCAACAUUACAUGGCUGAUUUCCUGCUCCACAAUCAGUUCAUACAUAUAUAAUAAAUUGUUGGAAUAUAAACAUAUGUAACAUAUAAAGCUAAUUUUAUUUCUUAAGCCAUUUGAAGGCGAUAAAUGAUUCUAAAACUGCUGUGUGACUUUACGUAUUAAUUAGUUAAAGUGCCAAAAAUAGUUAACCAUCUCACUCAAGCUCGAACCUUGUAGGUAUGUAGCUAAUAUGUAGAACAACCACUGCCCACUACACAUAAUAGCCGAUUUAUGUCCUCAAACAAAUUAAAAAAAAAAUAGUUAUGACUAAGAAUUUUAUUUUGGCUUUGCGUAGAUUGUAUGCAAGCAAACAAAUGUAUGCAUAAUAUACAUUGCAUACCUAUGCGCGCAUGUUUCAUUAAUUGUAUGAUUAGUUAAAUUAUAUUUCUCAGUGGAAAAAUAGAGCAUUUAUGUAU